AAGCCCCGCCCGCAGCUGCCCUGGGCGGGCCGGCAUGACGACCAUACCCUCUGGCGAGAAGCGCCAAGUGCAGCGCGAUGAAAACAUGAGCGAGACCAAAAUAUCGCACAUCCAGUUCGGCAUGUUUGGCCCGCCCGAGGUCUCGCGGCUCGCCGAGUUUGACGUGACGAGCGACCGAGCAUACGAGAUGCCAAAGCCCGAGGAGAAGGUGCGGACGCCGGUGGUCGGCGGCGUGCUGGACCGCCGCCUCGGCGUCUCGGACAAAGCGUCGACGUGCGAGACGUGCGGCCUCCGCAUGAAUGACUGCCCGGGCCACUUUGCCGAGGUCCGGCUCGAGCUGCCCGUCUUUCACAUCGGGUACCUCAAGCCGGUGGUCGCGCUGCUGCAGACCAUCUGCAAGGACUGCGCGCGCGUGCUGCUGCCGCAACCGGAGCGCACAAAGAUGCUCCGCGCGCUGAGCCACCCGAUGACGCGCGGCGACUCGGUGCGGAUGGGAGCCGCCUUCAAGCGCGUCGUCGAGCGCUGCAAGAAGGCGUCGCGAGUUCGCGAGUGCCCGUACUGCGGCGCGAGGAACGGGCUCGUGCGCAAGGUCGGCUUCGCGCGGAUCGUGCACGAGAAGAUCCCCCCAAAGGAGAACUCCGACCGGGCGCACCGCGAGCGCGACACGUUUGUCUCCUCGUUUGAGCACGCCACCGGCCAGCCGAAGGGCGCCUUCGAGAACCCGGUCCUCGCCGGCUCGGACGUCGCCGAGCUUCUCCCGAAGGCGCAGGACGACCUCACCCCGCUCCGCGUCAAGGCGCUGCUGCGCGCCAUCGUCCCCGCCGACCUGCCCCUCCUCGACAUGUCUGCGACGCACGGCCGGCCGGAGGCGCUGCUGGUCGAGAGGCUGCUCGUGCCGCCGGUGCCGAUCCGGCCGUCGGUGAUGGCCGACCCGAGCGUCGGCUCCAACGAGGACGACCUCACCGUCAAGCUCUCGCAGAUCAUCACGGUCAACAAUGCGAUCCGCUGCGCGCUGAGCGGCGGAAAGGCGACGGUGGCGAUGCUGAUGGAGGACUGGGACUACCUGCAGCUGCAGGUGGCCAUGUACAUCAACGGGGCGAACGUGCCCGGCGUGCGGCCCGACUGGCAGGCCGAGAAGCGGCCGAUCAGGGCCUACGCCCAGCGGCUCAAGGGGAAGCAGGGCCGCUUCCGAGGGAAUCUGUCCGGCAAGCGCGUCGACUUUUCGGGCCGCACCGUCAUCUCCCCCGACCCGAACCUCGCGAUCGACGAGGUCGGCGUGCCGGACCGCGUGGCGCGCGUGCUCACCUACCCAGAGCGAGUCCACGCCCACAACCUCUCCCUCAUGCGCAAGCUCGUCGUCAACGGGCCCAACCUCUGGCCGGGCGCAAACUACGUCGAGACCGAGGCGGGCAAGCGCUCGCUCAAGUUCGGCGACCGGCGGCGCGUCGCAGCGGAGCUCAAGGUGGGUGACGUGGUCGAGCGGCACCUCACCAACGGCGACGUCGUCCUCUUCAACCGCCAGCCGUCGCUGCACAAGCUCUCCAUCAUGGCGCACCGCGCGCGCGUCGUGCCGCGCACCUUCCGCUUCAACGAGUGCGUCUGCGCGCCGUACAACGCCGAUUUCGACGGCGACGAGAUGAACCUGCACUUGCCGCAGACGGAGGAGGCGCGCGCCGAGGCGCUCUGCCUGAUGGGCGUGCACGCGAACCUCGUCACUCCGCGCAACGGCGAGAUGCAAGGCAUGUUCUUCCCGCGCGACGGCUUCACGAGGCUGGUCGCCUACAUGUCGGACGCGGCCGAGCCGAUCGAGCUGCCCCCGCCCGCGAUCCUCAAGCCGGUCGAGCUCUGGACGGGCAAGCAGCUCUUCACCUGCAUGCUGCGCCCCUCGCGCGCCUCGGCCGUCUUCGCCAACCUCGAGACCAAGAACAAGUCGUACAACCCGCUCCGCCAGAAGCCAGAGCCCGAGGCCAUGUGCCCCGCCGACGGCUGGGUCGUCUUUCAGAACUCGGAGCACCUCUGCGGCUCGCUCGACAAGUCGCAGAUCGGAGGCGGCAACAAGGCGUCCCUCCUCUCCGUGCUGCUGCGCGAAAACUCCGAGAUCGCGGCGGCGCAGGCGAUGGAGCGGCUCGCGCGCGUCACGUCGCGCUUCUUGGCCGACUACGGCUUCUCGAUCGGCGUGCAGGACGUGCAGCCGACGCCGCGCCUUACCGAGGCCAAGGCGAAGCUGCUCGCCUCGGGGUACGAGGCUUGCAGCGGCAAGAUCCGCGAGUUCGAGUCGGGGCAGCUCACGCCCGCGCCGGGCUGCACCGCGGAGCAGACGCUCGAGAGCGAGAUCAACGGCCUCCUCUCGCGCAUCCGCUCGUCGAUCAACAUCUCGCAGAUGAUCGCCUGCGUCGGCCAGCAGUCCGUCGGCGGCCGCCGCAUGCCCAACGGCUUCAUCCACCGCGCGCUGCCGCACUUCCCGCGCCACUCGCGCGCCCCGCCCGACAAGGGCUUCGUCGCAAACUCAUUCUACACCGGCCUCGCGCCGACCGAGUUCUUCUUCCACACGAUGGGAGGCCGCGAGGGGCUGGCCCUCGAGGACCUGACGGUGAGCUACGACGGCUCGGUCCGCAACUCGGAGGCCAACCUCGUCCAGUUCCACUACGGCGACGACGAGCUCGACCCGGCGAUGAUGGAGGACAAGGAUGGCCGUCCAGUCAACUUCGAGCGGACGCUCCUCCACCAGCGCGCUCUCGCCUUCGUCGCCUCGCCCGCCUUCACCGGCGUGGUCUCGCGGACCAUUGCCUCCGAGCCGGCCAAGUUCGAGGUCGAGCUGCGCGCCUUCGUCGCGAGCAAGCUCCUGCCGUCGCUGCCAGGCGCACCGGCUAACGGAGUCGCCCUCCCGCCUCCGGCCCUCGAGCCGACCAAGGUGGGCGUCGGCGCAAAGAGCUCGCCGCGCAAGGCCAAGUACCUCGCGAGCAAGGUGGAGCCCGGCACCGCCGUCGGAGCGGUCGGCGCGCAGUCGAUCGGCGAGCCGGGCACGCAGAUGACGCUCAAGACGUUCCACUUUGCGGGCGUCGCCUCGAUGAACAUCACACUCGGCGUGCCGCGCAUCAAGGAGAUCAUCAACGCCGCCAAGAAGAUCUCGACGCCGAUCAUCAAGGCCGAGCUCGACAAGCCGUUCGACCUGACCGCCGCGCGCGUGGUCAAGGGGCGGAUGGAGCGGACCGAGCUCGGCCAGAUCUGCGAGUCCGUCGUCGAGGUGUACGACCUGGUGGAGUGCUACAUCUCGGUCAAGCUCGACCUCGCCCUCAUCGAGCGGCUCCACCUCGCCGUCACCGUCGCCUCCGUCCGCACCUCCAUCCUCGCCGCGCCGAAGAUGAAGCUGCACGAGAAUGACGUGCGCGUGCGCUCCUCGGCGGAGGUGCGCGUGCACCCGGCGCGCGUCAGCCGCGAGCACCUCGCCCUCCCCGAGCUGCACCGGCUGCGCGGGAUGCUGCUGACAGUGCUGGUGUGCGGCAUCAAGGAGGUGACGCGCGCCGUCAUCACGCAGAAGGAGGAGGGCGAGAAGAGCGAGGUGGAGAAGGCGAGCGGCGGCCCCUGCUACAAGCUGCUCGUCGAGGGCGCCGGGCUGAGGGACGUCCUCGGCGUGCGCGGCGUGCGCGGCGGCGCGACGCGAUCGACGCACAUCGCCGAGGUCGAGAAGACGCUCGGCAUCGAGGCGGCGCGGCAGACCAUCAUGGACGAGAUCCAGUACACGAUGGGGCAGCACGGGAUGGAGAUCGACUGCCGGCACGUCACGCUGCUCGCCGAUGUCAUGUGCUUCCGCGGAGAGGUGCUCGGCAUCACGCGCUUCGGCGUGCCGAAGAUGAAGCAGUCGGUGCUCAUGCUCGCCUCCUUCGAGAAGACGACGGACCACCUCUUCGAGGCGGCGGUCCACUCGCGCACCGACGCCAUCCGCGGCGUCUCCGAGUGUAUCAUCCUCGGCAUCCCGAUCCCGCUCGGCACCGGCAUCUUCAAGCUGCUGCAGCAGGUGCCGAAGGCCGUCCUCCCAAAGUCGGAGCCCCUGCUGCUGCCCUCGACAGAGAAAAGGUUGAGGUUCGGCGCUCGAUAGCAUUUGGCGGCGGCGCCGGGGCGCGCGGGGUGGGUUGGGCGCACAUCGAGAGUACAAGAGUAUGUCCGUUUGAGCAUCGCAUGUCCGAGAGGCGAGACCGAGCGAGAGCGUGGUGCAGCGCGGUGUGGGUCCGGUGGCGGUCCGGUUGCAGGCGUCCCUGCCCUGAGCUGCUCCCGCGUGCGGUGGUGCAAUUUUGUGAUAGUAGAGAGUGCAUGUGUACGUGUGUCACGGAUCUGGUACCAAGAAUACGCGUACGUAAAAAA